AUCAAAUGAAAGCAUCAAUCAAGUGCGUCAACAUCAACAAAGCAAAGUCUCAACUUUCAAAAUCGGAUAUCCACCUAUUAACAGAGUGCUUAUAAAGCGGCGAGUGAAUGGGAUUAUAGCGUGGGGUAUCUGGUAUAUAAACGACUUGUGCGACGCAAACAAUCUUCUGAAAGGUUCAUCCUCAACCUGAUCAUCACAUUCACCUCCAGAUAUUCAAGCUCAAUUUCCUUAACCUCAGCCUCAACCUCAACCUCAGCCUCAACCUCAACUUCAACUUCACCAUUUCAACUUCUUACAAAUCAAUCAAAAUGGCAACUCCCACCCAUAACGGUGUUGCAACAGUCGCUCUUCGUGCUCCUCUUGGUAUCAUCCAACUUCCCACCAUCCAGCCUCGCGAAGGUGAAGUUUUGGUGCGCGUCGAGUGGACAGCAUCUACCCCUCUGGACCUCCACCAAAACGAUGGAGGCCUUCUCGUGGAACAUCCGCAAGUGCUCGGCGACGGAGUUGGGGGAACGGUCAAGAACGUUGGUCCGGGUGUUCAGAAUUUGGCCAUCGGUGACAAGGUGUUUGGUUUCUGCUUUGAAGAGAGCCAACGCAAGGCGCACCAAGAGUUUGUGACUGUUCCACAGACUUCUCUGAGCAAGCUCCCAGCCGGAUUCACUCUCCAAGAAGCAGUAACUCUGCCCAACAACCUUGUCACAGCCUUCCACGCCACAACAGCUGACCUGGGCCUUCCUCUCCCGUGGCCUCGUCCUGCCAACCCAUCCCCAGUUGACGCCAAUUCUCCAGUUUUGAUCUGGGGCGGAAGCUCGUCUUGCGGACAGUACGCUAUCCAGGUCCUCACGCACUGGGGUUACAAAAACAUCAUUGCCACCGCCUCGCCAGUUCACCAUGAGUACCUUCGUUCGCUCGGAGCCAAGGCGGUCGUCGAUUACCGCGAUUCGAACUUCGCGAGCCUGGUUCUCGAGAGUGCUGGAGCGGAAAAUGCGGAUGGACCCGCUGUACCAUUCAUUUUGGACUGCAUCGCAUCCAAGUAUGGAAGUCUUGCGAAGAUCGCCAAGGUCGCGCAGAAGGGCACCAAAGUCGCAGCGCUUUUGCCAGUGAUUGUGAAGGAUGCUUCGGAUACAGAAGCCCCGGAAUACGCCAUGGAUGUGCAGGCAUCGGCGGAUUGGGCUGAGGGCGUAGAGGCUAGGGGUGUGAGAACGCAUUUCUACCAGGAGAAUGUGUUUUUCAAGACUCACCUCCAGCCUACGAUCAUCCCCACGUUGUUGGCGGAAGGUGUGGUCAAGCCAAACAAGCAGAAGAUUAUUGAGGGCAAGUCACUUCUGGAGAGGGCGCAAAAGGCCCUGGAUACGCUCAGGAACAAGGCCGUGAGUGGUGAGAGAUUGGUGUGGCGGAUUUCGGAGGAAGGAGCGGAUGAGUAAAUGAUAAUUGGGGAAAGUACGAAUCGAUUUGAGGGAAGGAGCGAAUGACAACGCAGUAAAGCACCAAUUCAUCUGAGGGAAGGUGCGAAUGAUAAUGAGGGGAAGUGCUAAUGACUAUGGAGGAAAGAGCGAAUGAGUAUGGAGGGGAUUCGCGCCUUCCUUGAAUGAAAGUAUGGCAAUCUUCUCCAGUGAUUUUGUGGUUGGCAUGAUCACAGAUAGCUUUGAACAUACCCUAAAGGCUCAAGCAGGAUAUGGGAGGA